AUGAAUAAAAAUAAACUGAUUCAUGAUUUCCUGGAAUUUGUUUCAAGAGGUGAUAUGAAACUCAUCUGUGACCAUAUUACUAAAGUCUAUUCCAUCCUGGGAAACCUUGACUUUCAGCACCCAAAGACUGGAAAUACUCCUCUCAUUACUGCAGCAGAAGAAAAUUUAACAGAGGUUAUUGGAUUUCUUCUGGAAAAGGGAGCAGAUAUUACCCUUUGCAAUUAUAGCAACCAAACUGCAGUUCAUGUAGGCAACUGUGAUAUCCAAAGGCAACUCUUGGCAAUCAGUGGAAUCCAGGAUCCCCAAAUGAAACUUCUACAAAGUUCGUGGCAAGGUGAUCUUGAAAAACUUCAACAGUUACUGGCAUCUGAAGAAUUUCUGGAUAUAAAUUUCCCAAACCAACAUGGCUUGACUCCUCUGAUGCUGGCUGUGAGAGAUGUGGACCUGUUUGAGAGUCUUGACAUGCUAACAGUCUAUAGACCUGAGGAAGUCCUAUCGGAGCUCCUUAAGCAUGGCGCAGAUCCUAAACUCUGUGAUUCUAGUGGAAAAUCAGCAGUACAUUAUGUAUCACAAAUAGAAAGUUUGAAGAAACAGCAGUUAUUGGACAUUCUAAUGAAUUCUAUGCCAAAACCAGAAAAACAUGCUGAAUCAUUGCUUGACAUUUGUCAUGAUACAAAUUCUUCUCCAACUGAUAUGAUGACAAUUACCAAAAAUCAAAACAUAAUCUUGCAAAGCAUCAGCAGCAGUGAGGAAUUUGACCAAGAUGAAGACUGCAGUCAUUCCUUUUUGGUUAGUGAAGAAGGAGAUCUCAGGGGUGAAGGAAAAGACUGGUCACCCAGGACAGAAGGUGUGGAGAUUAUUGUGACUUUUCCAAGUGAUGUCAAUCAUCCCCAAGAAAUGAGCCAAGAAGAUUCGAAAGAAUGCAGUCAGAUAACCUCAGUGCAUCAAGAAUGGGCACAAGCAAAUUCUGUUUCUCUCCCAAAUGAAAUUGAGAUGGUGGACCUCAAGACAAAGAUGCUGACCAUGGAGCCUUUACUUCCAAAGAAAGAAGAAAGUUCCAAGGAUCUCUGUGAUGUGAACUUGGACUUUUUGUUGCCCAGACGUUGCUUAGAACCAGACAUCUCUAAAACUGUAACCAGAGAAGAGGCUCCUCAUUUUCUGAAGGGGCAGCAAAGAAAAUUAGAAGAAGUUUCUACCUCUGAUAUGAAAUACAGUAGCCGAAGAAUCGAGUUCCCUCUGCCUCCACUGUCACUCUUGCCCAUGAGAUCUGGUGUCCUCACUCUCCCCCAAAGUUACAAGUUCCCAAAAGAGAGAGAAAGAAAUAUUUCAAGCCUUACACCCUUCAUACCUAAACUCCCAGCAUCGGUCAGUUCAUCUGAUGAGUUUAGUCCAGCAAACCAGCAGCAGGAAGCCCCACUGAAAAGGUUGGUGGAUCAGACUCUCAGGUUUUCUGAUAGCUCCAUUUGGUCAAGAAACAUGUGCUCUUUUCGGAAGUCUGAUCAUCACAGGCAACACCUGGAGGUGGAGGUGAAUUGGAAAUCCAAGGAAAGAGAAGGAUGGGACAACAUGGAAAUCUCUCUCUUUGAAAAAGGGAAGUCUUUGGUGUCCUUUGAGAAUAUUAAGGAAGGCAAACUUUCUACAGAUAGGGAAAAGGAUAUUGAAUGUCAUGGUCCUGAAGUGAGAAAAGCAGAAGAGAACCCUCAAGAUUUUUCAUCAAGAAAGAAAGAGGAUUCAGCAGCCAGUAAAUCUGAACAAAAUGCAGAAACUGUAUGUACUGUUCCAAGCAAGCUCCAAGAAGCUCAGCAUACAGAAAUAACACCAAAUGAGGAUGAAGAAGUUAGACAUGACAAAAUUGAUUCAAAAAGCUCUUCAGUAUAUAAGGGUGAAACAGUGAGACCAAGAGAUAUUUUAGAAGAGUUUACAGUACUUCAAAGCUUGUCCAGUGUAGUCUCUGAUGGCCCCUUUGGAAAGCUUCCAGAAGGUCAUAAUGAUAUGGGGACAAAUGUAAAAAUAUCAAUGGCAGAAGCAAUGAAACCAGAGAUGAAUGGGCUGGUGCCUCUUAUCCACAUUACUUUCCCUGGAGAUGGAGUCCCCAAGGAAACAGCGAUAACCAAGCCAAGCCUCCAAAAAAGGAAGAGCUCUAUUCGUAACAAUAGCUUCAAUGUUCUUGCACACCAAGAAAAUGACAAACGUAAGAUGAAGACCCAUAGAAGUAAGUUGGAUUCAAAGACCAAGAUAAACAACAGGACACCUCACAAUUUCAUGAUUUCCAUUCAAGCUUCUAUUAAGCCUAAUAUGCAUAAAACUAGCAUAAAAACUCAGAUUUUCCCUGCAUUGGAGUUUGUUGACUCUGGCCCUCAGCAAUCAUCCAAGUUUCAAAGGAGAAUGCCACCAUUAGAAAAGAAGCAAUCCAGCUAUUGGACUCAGAAAACUAAAAAGCAAUCAUUUCCUUGCAUAUGUAAAAAUCCAGGAAUAAAAAAGCCAUGUGUUCCUCUCUCUGUUCAACCAACAGAGCCAAGACUACAUUACCUAGAUCUUAAAUAUAGUGACAUGUUCAAGGAAAUCAAUUCAACUGCUAAUGGACCUGGAAUCUAUGAAAUGUUUGGGACCCCUGUUUAUAGUCACUUGCGAGAGGCUGAACGGCAUGAAAACAAGUAUUAUCAUGAGAUAUGUUCAGUUCCAUCAGGCAGAUGUAUCUCUAAUAAAUGUCGAUCUUCACACAGUGAGAGGAACAGCAACAGCAGAGCAAGACUUUCUCAGAAAAGACCACAUAUUAAACCUACAAAGCCUUCACUUGGCCUUAAACAAAAGCAUAAAAGUUCAAUUUCUAAGGAAAAGGGCUGCAAGGCUAUAGGUAGCCACUUACAAGACAUUGAAAAUAGUAAUGGUAUUUCAGAUGCAGAUUGGCAGAUACACUCUUCAGGAAAUGUCUUUCUAUCUUCCAAAGAUGAAGUUCAGACUAUGAACUUGGCCCAAACUCCUGAGCAGUUCCCUGAACAAAAUGAGCUUCUUCCUGCCCUAGAUAUAUCUAUAGUUGAAGAAAUAUCUAUGGAAGAGUCUACGGAUGAAGGUGACAUUUCCAAUAAUCAAAUCCUUGCCACAAGUCUUAGAGACCUGCAAGAACUUGAAGAGCUACAUCACCAGAUCCCAUUUGUCCCUUCAGAAAACAGCUGGGUCUUGCCCAGUGAGAAGAGUUCUAACAAGUAUGCAUUUGAAGAAAAGAAUAAUAAUGCACCUCUUCAUAAAAUAGAUUCCAGCCAAAUGUUAACAAAUUAUCUUGAGUUUGAUAGUGUUUUGGAUAACCCCAAAACACUUGGGGGUUUCUCUUUCCAAGAGGAACAAGAAAAUGCAUCUUCCCAAACAUAUCAACACUGGGCACAUUCUUUGGAUCAAGAUAGUUUAGCAAAUAAGUCAAUCACAUAUCAAACACUUGGAACAACUUUAAAUGAUGCAAAUUCAAUUUCCCAAGAAAUUCUGGACUCAGUAAAGAAAGAAGAAUUGACAGAUGAACUAUUAGGUUGUCUAGCUGCAGAACUGUUAGCUCUUGAUGAAAAAGACAAUAACUCUUCCCAAAUGAUGGCAAAUGAAACUGAUCCUGAGAACCUAAAUCUUGUCCUCAGUAGGAAAGGAAAUACUACCAAAGAACUGGGCAGAGAGACAACAAAUGUCAGAAUACAGAGGUAUAGUAAUGGGUUCGGGAUAUAUGACAGGGAAGAGAAAUUUCUCAACUCAAAUGAAAAGAAGACAUUUUCUGAAAAUAGUUUAAAGCAUGAAGAACCUAUCCUGUGGACUAAGGGUGAGAUCCUUGGCAAGGGAGCCUACGGCACAGUAUACUGUGGUCUCACUAGCCAAGGGCAGCUAAUAGCUGUAAAACAGGUGACCUUGGAUACCUCUGAUAAAUUGGCUACUGAAAAAGAAUACCGGAAACUGCAGGAAGAAGUAGAUUUACUUAAAGCACUGAAACAUGUCAACAUUGUGGCUUAUUUGGGGACUUGCUUGGAAGAGAACAUUGUAAGCAUUUUCAUGGAGUUUGUUCCUGGUGGCUCAAUUUCUAGUAUUAUAAACCGUUUUGGACCAUUGCCUGAGAUGGUGUUCUGUAAAUAUACAAAACAAAUUCUGCAAGGUGUUGCUUAUCUCCAUGAGAACUGUGUGGUCCAUCGAGAUAUCAAAGGAAAUAAUGUUAUGCUCAUGCCAACUGGAAUCAUAAAGCUGAUCGAUUUUGGCUGUGCUAAGCGUUUGGCUUGGGCAGGCUUAAAUGGCACUCACAGUGACAUGCUUAAGUCCAUGCAUGGGACUCCAUAUUGGAUGGCCCCAGAAGUCAUCAAUGAGUCUGGCUAUGGAAGGAAAUCAGACAUUUGGAGCAUUGGUUGCACUGUGUUUGAGAUGGCUACAGGGAAGCCUCCACUGGCUUCCAUGGACAGGAUGGCAGCCAUGUUUUACAUUGGAGCCCACCGAGGGCUGAUGCCUCCUUUACCAGACCACUUCUCAGAAAAUGCAUCAGAUUUUGUGCGCAUGUGCCUGACCAGGGACCAGCAUGAGCGACCUUCAGCUCUCCAGCUCCUGAAACACUCCUUCUUGAAGAGAAAUCACUGA